GCCAGCACCGUGUUGGUUCGUGUACGCGCGCCAAUAACAGCAACAAUAAAAACCACGAUGGAUUACAACAAAAAUGCAGAGCAAAUAAAUCCUUUUGGCAACGUGUCGACGGUGUUGAGGCCGUCAGCGCGUCUGUCCGCCGAGUCGCAUCUGCUGGGCUGGAAUGUGCCUCCGCAUGAACUGAGACACAUACCGGAACAUUGGCUUUCCUUCCCGGAACCACCAGAGUCUCUGAACUAUCUUCUGGGCACACUCUACAUAUUCUUUACGUUUAUGUCUAUGUUUGGAAAUGGUCUCGUCAUUUGGGUUUUCUCAGCCGCCAAAGCGCUGCGUACGCCUUCGAAUAUACUGGUCAUAAAUCUGGCGAUUUGUGACUUCCUAAUGAUGAGCAAGACGCCUAUAUUCAUCUACAACAGCUUUAAUCAGGGUUUCGCCUUGGGCAACUUAGGCUGUCAGAUCUAUGGCAUCAUUGGCUCCUACACUGGGAUCGGGGCGAGUGCCACCAACGCCUGUAUCGCCUAUGACCGCUACAACGUCAUUACGCGCCCAAUGGAGGGCAAGAUGACACACGGCAAGGCGAUUGCCAUGAUUAUCUUCAUCUACAUGUACGCAACACCCUUCGUGGUUGCGUGCUAUACCGAGAGCUGGGGUCGAUUCGUUCCAGAGGGUUACCUAACAUCUUGCACCUUCGACUAUUUGACCGAUAAUUUUGACACCCGUCUCUUUGUGGGCACAAUAUUCUUCUUCAGCUUCGUAUGCCCCACCAUGCUAAUAAUCUACUACUACAGUCAAAUUGUGGGCCAUGUUUUCAGCCAUGAGAAGGCACUUCGCGAUCAGGCUAAGAAAAUGAACGUCGAGUCAUUGCGUUCAAACGUAGACAAGAGCAAGGAAACGGCAGAGAUUCGUAUUGCCAAGGCAGCUAUCACUAUAUGCUUCCUCUUCUUCGUAUCCUGGACUCCGUAUGGUGUCAUGUCUCUCAUCGGAGCAUUCGGCGAUAAAAGUUUGCUUACUCCGGGUGUUACGAUGAUACCAGCAUGUACUUGCAAAAUGGUCGCCUGUAUUGACCCAUUCGUCUAUGCUAUAAGUCACCCUAGAUACCGCCUGGAGCUUCAAAAGCGUUGCCCCUGGCUGGCCAUUAAUGAGAAGGCCCCAGAGGCGUCAUCCGUCGCGUCGACCACAACCCAACAGGAGCAGCAACAAACAACGGCAGCAUAGGCGGUUCCUAUCACAGAUGUCGACCAUGAGCUCUAUACUGAUUUUGGCCAAUGUUGAAACCUUCACACGAACUUGAACUACAAAUCGCUUACUUAUCAGAUGGACUGAUUUUGGAACUAGCCGAACUCGUAAUAUAAUUGCAAGCUGAAUCUUAUAAAAGACACAACAAAAAAUAACGUGUGCAAACAUACAAUACUUUACUUUUAUUAUUUGUAGUAAAAACUUUUUCGUUUUCAAGAAAAUAUAGUA